AUGAUCGCGGAGCGGACUAUUCCCGGCGAAACGGUCGAUACCUCGACGCUCGUCGCUCCCCAAGUGCCGGUGAGCAGACAAAAAAAAACGUUGUUUCAGUGAUAUCGAAUCGAUUUCAUGCACAGCUUGCCGUUCUUUGGGAUGUUGAUGGCGUGUUCCGUAGGGAAACGGAACAUGUCUCGAAAUCAAGAGUAAAUGCUUCUAAAUGAGCUGUUUUGAAGUAUUUAUCAGCGCUCGUUUUUAAUUUCAAGACAUAUUUAGUUUCAAAAAACCCCAGGAAAUGUGUUUCUAUAAGGUUUAUGGUAGUCGCAAGGAUGUUAACAUGAAAUAUUGAUAUGAUAAUAAGACUUUAACUUGAUCGGUAUCUGAUGGGAAAUCGUCCAAAGGAGUUGAAUUAUAGCUUGAAAAUUCAAAUAUUUAGGGAAAUCCUAUGAAAAAUCCGUUCAAGGGUUUUAAAGACACCUCUAUAAUGCAUUCACAAGUUAUCCAGACAUUUUUUGAAAAGAAUUAAAAACCGAAAAUCCGAUUUCUCACGAAAAAUUUCGAACAAAAAAAUUUUUUUUUUCUUUUUUUGGUCUUACGGCCUUUCCCACGUUCGAACAAUUUUGAACGUUGAGUAAUUGUUUUAUUGACGUGAAAAUUUUCAAUCUUAUACAUGAAUUACGUUUAGAAUUGAGAUCUUCUCAAUAUUUUGAAAAAUUCAUCAAUUAUUCUUUUCACAGUGAAGCUUCAAAGAAAAAUCCAUUGAAGCGAAAUAAAAUUUUUUCUUCAUUUUCCUAAGAUCUUUCAAGGCACAAGGCGUGGCCUUACUGCACUGUAAAAAAAUUAUUGCGACAAAACAUACGCUGUGGUUUCUCUUAUGAUCCUUUGAACAAGACAGGAAGCUUCUGUGAAUCCUCGGACAAUGGUAACACAAAACGGACGUGCCUCGGAGAUCUAGGGAUCACUUAAGUGUGGUAACGCUACUGAAGUGGUCCCUAGCAAUUUCCCGGCACACGUCCAGUUCUCGUCCGUUUCGCGUUAACAAUUUCCAAGUGAAUAAAAUAUGAAUAAUUAUAAUUAGGGCAAGUUCAAAAAGACCCUGAAGCUGAAAAAACUGAUAAUGAAACUCAACAAAAAUGCUCAAUAAAAAAUAAAACGAAACAGGUUCCGGUGGCCGCUCCGGCCAAGAAGUCUUCCCGCCGUGAGAAACGGGAGAACCGUGACCGUCUGCCCGACGUCGGCGAAUACGUGAUUGGCGAACGCGGGGUCCACUAUGAGUUCCUCCAAAAGCUCGGUGAUGGCGCCAUGGGGCUCGUCUUCCUCAGCAAGCAUGAAGACGUGUUCGUUUUUUUAAACUAUUAACUUUAAAAACUCGAUUGAAAAAAGUCCUGGCGCGAAUUUUUUUCCAGGUGGUUAUUACUAGCGCGGUUGUACUGUGUACUUCGUUCUCCAGAAGCGAGCAUUCUAAUGAGUUUUGAAGCUAAUUCAAAUAAACACGAGCUUCUAUGAAAUACUUGAACGAUCUAUGAUUUUGAAGUUCACAGCUUGCUGGAAAAUAUUUUGAAAAAAAUUCCACGAGAAAUGAAGAAAAAAAACUGACAUAUAUAUUACAUUUCCGAUAUAUGAUUUCCUUUAUUGUCAUUUGAACGAACCAGCAAACUGGGAUAAAAUUUAUUAGUAAAAACGAAGAGAAAAAUGAAAAAAUAAAAAAAAACGUAAAUCGCGCCCAAGAGCCGAGGUUCUCAAUGGCGCGCGAAUGCUGCAUAGUCGCUCAAAAUGAUGUAUUUUUGCUCUUUUACAGUUUUAGUCUAGUUCGGCUGGAAAUUUUUCUAAUAUGAACCAAUAAGAUUUUUAAAUGUGGCUUGAGAACACUCUGAACUUUAUGGAAACAAAGAGAACAUGAAAAAGUCUUACAAAGUGACAUCAAAUGAGGCCAAAGUACAAAAACGAGAAAUUAGAGAAACAUUAAAUUGCUAAUCAACUGUGAGGCACCUAAUUACCAAUCCAGGGUGAUAAUUAAGGUGAAUGGACUUGGGAAAAUGUUUAUAUCGAAACAGAAAUCAAACCAUUAAUGGACCGAUUAAAUAAUUAACUUUAUAAUUACUUGGUUACUUGACUCAGGUGGGUAAUUAGAGAAAUCUGACAAGGAUUCAAAGAAAAAUCUACUGUAAGUAGAAAAAUAGCCGAUUCACGGCUAGCUUGGGACGCAAAAAGGCUUGGAAUGUCUGCGCUCUCCACCAACCGGCACUGUCUCUUCAAUUCGUGUCAGGACCCAUUUUUCGAUGGCUCAGCCGUGAAUCAGUUAUAUUACCAGAAUCGUUUCAUUUGAGACUACAAAUCGUGCUUUUCUUGCUGCGCCCGACCUUUCCCGACUUUGCCCGGAGAGCAUGGAAAAACGCGCAAGUCACGAAAGGUCGGGUGCAGAGAGUUUGAAGCCGGGAUGAAUCGACUUUUUAUGGAAUUUACAAUCUUCAAGCCAAAAUGAGCCGAUUAAUUAAGGACGGUGGCCGUGAAGACGGAGAAAUACUCGACGUCCAUGCUUCCCACCGAAGUGAAGGUGAUGAAGGUGGCAAACGCUGACGGUUGCAAGCACUUCUGCCAGAUCUAUUCCUACGUAACUAUAAAAUUUCAAUUAUUUAUCUAAUCAAUAUAAUCAGGGGGCCGUAAAGCCGGAGUUCACGUACGUGGUGAUGUCCUUGCUCGGCAAGGACUUGUACCGUCUCCGGUCCGAGCAGCCGUCUCGUCAAUUCUCUCUCAACACUGUCACCAAAAUUGCCCUUCAAACGCUUGAAGUAAGGAUUUUUUGGAUAUUUUCCAAGUUCAGAAGUGUACACGAUAGCUUACCACAAAAUAGAGAGAGAAAAUUACGAACACUUUUUGUGAUCAGUCAUUUUUUUAUAAAGCUCAAAGGAAACUGUAAACCUGGAUAGUUUUGUCAAUGGGGCGCACAAUCCUUUUUGGCGUCCAUUUUUUCCGGCUCUUUUUUCUUUGCCCUAGUACACUUUUAUACACCUUACUAAACCUACCAACCUUUUCAAUAAUGAUAAUUUAAAGGCGUGCGAGCAGCUCCACAACCUGGGCUUCAUCAGUCGUGACGUGAAGCCAUCCAACUUCGCCCCUGGCGUACGGUAAAUGAUAGAAAUUAUCACAAUUGGCCGCAAUAAAUCUAUUUUCAGUGAGAAUGGCGGCUCAAAGACCAUAUACAUGUUCGACUUCGGGUUGGCAAAACGUUACCGGGACAGGGUAAAGUUUUGGAGUUCGACCAAGAUUUCAAAGGCGCAGGGCGAAGCUUUAACCUGUCUCGAUCGUUUCAAGACGCAAUAACCGACUUUUUGUUUGAAUAAUACAGAAAUCCCACAAGAGUCCAUUUACACUGACUAUCCCAAGGGUGACAAAGGAUCCUUUUUUUGCUGCUUCUCCCUUUUUCCGCCACUUGUCGAGUUACAAAAAGUAGAAGGCUUGAUAAAAGGACCAUCUUUGCUGCCUUUUUGCUGCUAUUUUGCAGCCUUUUUGCAGCCUUUUUGCGGCCUUUUUGCAGCCUUUUUGCAGCCUUUUUGCGGCCUUUUUGCAGCCUUUUUGCGGCCUUAUUUGAGCCUCUCUUUUUUAGCGGCCAUAUCCCCCAUUUCUUGAAAAAAAAACCACUGUAUAAUGACCUUCCUAAAGAUUAAAAAAUCGUCCCAAAACCCCUUUUUCAACGAUGCUCUGCGCCUUUCAAUUCAAAAAUGGAGCGAAAAUCCCAUUUUCCAGAAUAACAACGUUAUUCCAUCACGUGGCGAAGUCGGCUGGCGGGGAACUGUCCGUUACGGAAGCCUGUCGGCUCACAAACGAAUGGUUUUCACCUAAAUACGGGUUACGUUAUCUUUUCGUUGCAGGAUCUGUCUCGCGCCGACGAUCUCGAGAGCUGGUUCUACAUGCUCGUCGAGUUCUCGGCUGGACUCUUGCCCUGGCGUCUGAUCACGGGUAAGAAAGAUGUUGUCAGAUUGAGAGGCUGUGGUCGCAUUUGGAAUGACUCAGCUGCAAAGUUUUUGGUCCGACUAGAAACUACUUGAGCGCUGGAACAUUGUAAGGCAUUGCGAAGAAAAUUGUGAUGCCAUUAAAAGUGCAACGAAAGCCGCUGAUCCCCGGAUAUGUUCGAAGAUUCUGAUUUGCAGACCGCGCUGAUACGUACACGGCCAAGCGGCGAGCUCGCACCAGCGGAAAGCCCCAUUUCCUCCGCGGCUGCCCGGCGCAGUAAGCCUUCUUUCCAUUGAAAAUAAUGAAAGGGGCCUUUUUUUCAAGGUUUGAAGAGAUCAUGCGUGUCAUUGACCGCUGGGACUUCUACGCAGUCCCCGACUACCGGAAACUGAGGGUUCUGAUCAAGCAGGUGAUUUUAUUGAUACAGUUCCAUUUCGAAGCUGAACAACUUGUCCCAACAAAGUUUUAAAAUCUUAUUUUUACCUUGAUUUUGAACAAAAAGCUUGUUUUUCCCUCACUACUUGAGAAAAAUCGACGAAGCUUUAUUUUGAAAUCAACUAAGCUUCUCGCAUGAUUUGCGACUUUCAGAAGCUUGAAACUACAUUUAGAAGCUUUGAAAAAGGAUAAGCUCUAAUUCUGGAAAUAGACCUGUGAUCUUACAACUUUCCCAGAUUAUUUCUCUCAGGAUUAACUCUGCUCAUGGGAAAUUUCCAAAGGGUUGAACUCGGUAGAAUCAUUUAAAGUUCUGAAGAUUGUCCGAUAAAAUUUUAAAGGGACAUGUAGAGCAGGGAAAAAAGAUUUCUGUGAUCAACAAAGUUUCAAAAUCGCUAGUAUUGGAGUAGAACCAAAAUUAGGCAUUCGUUCGAAAACCGAAUCGACUUCUGUUUCAGAUCAGAGCCGAAAACAACCUCUCGGACCGCAUGCCAUGGGACUGGCAGGAGGAGGAGUCGGAAUACUCCGAGUGCACCGAAACGCUUAGUUAUGGCAUCACCUCCGACGCCGCCAUCAAAGAAGAAGGGGUCAUCGAGACCGCCGAACGUUUGUUUUUGUCAACUUUCUCCCAUCGAAAUCUCAUUUCCAGACCAUCGCAACUGA